CACGUGGCAGGCAAGGCGCCGACCCCCAAAGGAGAGAACAGAGGCAAAGACAGGGGCUGGCGGCGGCUCACUUCAGGGAUUCUCAUCCUUGUCCGUGCCUCAAGUUGGCUAGCCGGCGACAAUUCCGGGCGCAGUCCGACGUGCUACGCGCUCCCCUGCCGCCGCGCUCUCCACGCUGCCCCGAGGGGCCCCGACCCACCACAUCGAGCGCGAAUAGCGGGGGGAGGUGCGGCGGCGGCGGCGGCGCGGAUGGACCCCGAGGCGGCGACGGAGCUGGCGCGGAAGGGCGUCACCCUCCUUCUCCUCGACGUGCCCCAGCACACCGUCCUCGGCCUCGACACGCAGGUGUUCUCGGUCGGUCCCAGGUUCAAAGGUAUCAAGAUGGCGCCUCCAGGGCCGCAUUUCGUCUACUACUGCUCCCCCAGCAGGCACGGGAGUGAGUUUGCACCUACUGUCGGAUUCUUUCUUACUACUCACCCAUCUGAGGUGGUCGUUCGAAAAUGGCAUGCUCAAGAGGAGAGAUUAGUGAAACUAUCUGAAGAGGAGGAAAUCAGAUACUCUGAAGCAGUGAAGCGUUUCGAGUUUGAUGAUCAGCUUGGACCAUACAAUUUGGAUUCUUAUGGAGACUGGAAACAACUUUCAAGCUACUUGUCACAAAGUGUGAUUGAACGCCUUGAGCCAAUUGGAGGGGAAAUUACAAUUGCAUUGGAGACAUCAUGGAUGGAUAGAGCUCCCCAAACUGAUAUGGAGAGACGAUUGAUGGGACAACUUAGAGAAGACAAGUUCGCAAAGAUAUCUCCCGCACAGCCUGAGCGGAGAGGAUGCUACUACACAACUAUCCCUUCUUCGGUUAAGCACAAGAAUAUCUUUGCGAAUGAGCUGACUUUGCUGAAUUUGGACAGAACAAGCUUGCUGGAAAGUGUUUUGGCCAAAAGUUAUCAAGACCAGGAAGAUUUGCUCUUGGGAGAGCUGCAGUUCUCUUUCAUAGCAUUUAUGAUGGGGCAGUCACUGGAGGCGUUCAUGCAGUGGAAAGCAUUAGUCAGUCUUCUUUUGAGCUGUAGCGAAGCUCCACUUCAUGCACGGACACAAAUGUUUGUGAAGUUUAUUAGGGUUAUUUACUAUCAAUUCAAGCAUGGUUUUCAACGGACACAUGAUUCUAGAAGUAGUGAGGACAAGGGCAACUCUUUGUUUCUGGAUGAAGCGUGGUUUUCAAGAGACAUAUUUCUGUACCGCCUUUCCAAGGAUUUCUUGACGGUAAUACUUGAAGCCCCAGUUGUGGAUGGAGACCUUCUAUCAUGGGCUAGGAAGCUGAAGACACUCCUGGAGACCACGUUCGGAUGGGACCUCGAGAAUAGUGCAGCUAACCUUAUCGAUGAAGAUGACGAGUUUGCUCCUGUUGUCGUGGAGAUGGACGGGUCGUCGUAAGACGGACAUUCUGUGAAUUUUUUCAAGGAUGUGGUAUGACAGUGUGGCGUACUAUGGGAGGACAUACUUUACCUUAUCAGCUGGGUACAUGUUUGGACCUUGGAGACGGAGAUUAGUAAGGGAUUCUUAAGUUGGAUGGCUGCUUUGCAUCAUCAAUUGUUCCUCAAAACUAUCCUUCUAAAUAUACAAAGAGCUGAGACAUCGUAGCUGCAACUCAAGACACUGUAUCAUCUUUGGAGCUCUGCCGUUAGCACUAGUGGUGUGCGUGUGUGUGGUGUGAGUGUGGUGUUGAGUUAGUGCAUAAGUUCAGAUGCUACAGCUGUAACACAGAUCGAGGGGUCUCAAAAAAAA